GCCCAAUAGAGAAAAAGCACUUCAACCCCACCCAAUCUGACCUGACCCGACCCGUAGCUUUUAACUGUGUGAAGUUUGUUGAGACUAGAACCCUAAACCCGCGUCGGCACUCUUUCUCUUUCCGCCUCUCUCGCUCAUCGCCGACCAUGGCCAAGGAGAAAUUGAAGCCUCUACCCACCUCCGAUGGAGGUGAAAUCGCCGACGCUCCUUCCCGAGAGAAGAAGCAUAAGAAGAAGAACAGGAAGCGAGCUGAACCUGAUCCCGAUUUGCCCUCAACGAGAGACGUUCCGGAUUCCGGGUUCUUGUAUCAUGGUAUAGGUCUUGAUGAAGAUAGAGACGGAGUGCUCGUAGAUGAUGCUCAGAACGAGCCGACGAUGGGUGAUAAGUUUGAGAGUCUUAACUUAUUAAGCGGAGAAAAACUUAGCAGUGAGGAGGCUAAUCCCGCUUCUGCUCCGGUCGAUGAUAAACCUCCUACCGCAGCCUCUGUUAACGUUCUUCUGAGACAAGCUUUGCAUGCUGAUGAUCGAUCUCUUCUACUGGAUUGCUUGUACAACCGAGAUGAACAGGUGAUUGCUAAUUCGGUUGCUAAGUUGAAUUCAGCAGACGUUCUCAAGCUUCUAAAUUCCCUUCUACCAAUACUACAAUCAAGGGGUGCAAUUUUAGCUUGUGCGAUUCCUUGGAUAAAGUGUCUAUUACUUACUCAUUCCAGUGGGAUUAUGUCCCAAGAGUCAUCGUUGGUCGCAUUAAACUCCAUGUAUCAGCUCAUUGAAUCACGGGUAUCGACUAUUCAUACCGCCGAAGAAGUUUCAAGCGGCUUGGACUUGAUUGUGGACGACUCUGAUGAAGACGAAGAAGAUACAGGUCCUGUGAUCUAUGAGGACAAGGACAGUGAUGAAGAAGAAGAAGGAGAAGGAUCAGAGGAAGAAAUGGAGACUGAUGAAGAGGCAGACGGAUCAGCGGAUGAAGCAGCUGAUGGUGUCAAUGAUUUUGAAGAUUUUGACGACAUGAGCGAUUAACAAGACUCCUGAAAACGGGAAAAGUUUUGAUUUGUCUGAGGCUGAUUGAUUGAUUCUUAGAUGUUAAGAAUGGUGCUUAAAGGUACAACUUCACGUCAAGAUGUCUCAGCGGCAUUUCUGUAAUACGUAAUGGUUUAUAUUGAUAUGGACGAGACUUUGUACUGAGAACUAGUUUAUUAUUUUUAUAAAAUGAAAAUGGUGAGAAUAGGAAAGGUGUAUGUAAAACAAAAGGAAAGAGCAAGG